CUCAGUCCGCAGACAACCAGCGCUGACAGCAGGGGAGAAAGUCUAGUUGACAACCAACAAAACUGGAACUGAACCGACGGCUGGGAAACAAGUCCGGAUUCUGAUUUGUUUCCUGAAGCGUCCCUUUUUUAACUUUACGGAAAUGAUUCACCUGAAGUUUUCCCUUGGACCGUGAAAAGUUUGGAGUUGAGGAGGAAGCGCGCAGCAGGAAGACCCUUCAAAUGGAGAGUGGGUGAAUCACCUCAUCCGGAUCUUAAAAGUUUCACAAGGGCAUAGCGCCGUUGUGAGGUGGCAUGUCAAACCGUGACUCGCUGGGGUUCGGGGACCUCCUCCCCAAGGAUGUAGUUGAGAUUUUCGCCCAGGAGAAGCACAGGAAAAGGAGCCGAAAGCAGCGCACUCGUUCCCUGCGUCGAGCUUUUGGCUGGCUGAAGGGGAGGAAGAAGAAGGAUCUCGGCGCUAACAGGGACAACCCGGGUCUGGGUCCAGCGCUCGACCUGGCCUUGACUUUGCACCCUGCUGGGCAUCAUGGAGGACACAAGGCGGGACACAAGGCGGGAAAGCAGGGCCAUCCACAGGGAAACAGUCAUGCUGUCUCAAAGCGAGAUGAUGAUGACGACAAGACCCCAGCACCUCCGGUUUUCCCGGAGAAUGUGUUCAUUGAAGCAAGCAGGCCAAAGUACCUGGAGGACCUCCAUUCUGAGGCCCUGGAAGGGUUGAAAAUGAUGCAGCAGGAAGAAACCAAUAAUGGAGUGGAGUACCGGGACAAUGAAAGCACAAUUUCGGCAAUGACUGUCCAAACAGAUGGGGAAAGCUGCGGGUUUGUGACAGAUAGCACCAUUGCUGACACAACUUCUGUUGUCUCUGUACAAUCAUCUAUGUCCACGAGAUCCACUCGUUCUGGUCUCACCAGGCAAGGAUCAACAUUUACGCCUUUGAAAAAGUCAGAAAAGUCCAGGACAAGGAGAAGACACAGGAAGACUGUUGCCGGUAUUCCCCGUCAUGUACAAAGAGAGCUGGGCCUGGACAGAUCAAUCUGGGGACCCACUCAAACGUUAGACGAGGAACAGCUUCGUAAUGGUGAAAAUAAUUUCAGUCCCACCACUGAUGGUCCACAGCCAGAAGCACAAAUGGGAGCCAGAGCUGGCGUUCAGGCCAUGAACAACAUCCAGCCUCUCAACAAAAACACUAUAGAGCAGCUCAAUUCUUCCCAUGCUGGCCAUAGGGACGACCUCGACCUGCUGCGUCGCCUGGGUCCCGAUUUGACAGGUGGACAGAGGCCUCAUUCCUUAGCUGUUCCUUGGAUGACCACUGAGUCCAGCCUCCAGCAGGAGUCACCAGGCCCUGUCAUGUCCAUGUCACCUCAGGCUGCUUACUUGUCAAAGAUUAUUCCCAAUGCUGUGUUGCCACCAUCUAUCGACGUAGUGGAAAUCAGCCGUGGCCGCAGUCGUAGCAGUGUCCGCACUGUCAGUAAAAGCAGCCUGCUGCUGCCCAGCCCAGCUCCCUCCCGUGCUUCUUCUAGAGCAUCUUCAGCCAGAACCACUUCCUCCAGAGCCUCCAACAUAACCUCCGCCUCUCGCCAGAACUGUCCCAAUCUGUCCGACAGCUCCUGUUGGAGCAAUUCUGACUCCUCUGAUACCUUGGUAUCUGACUCUUCAACCAUCUCAAGAAGCAGUACCCCGAACCAGAAUAUUCGUCAGAAUAGAGAAGCUACGUCUAAGGAGGACAAAAAUAGUGUUCCCUCCUCCAAUAGUAAUACUUCCAAAUAUACCGCCAAUGGCAAGCUCAUUAUCAAGGGAGAUGAGGCAAAGAAAGAUGGGCAGUUUGUGCGUAGCCUCUCUGUCAUGAAGUCCAAGAGGGCUCCUCCUCCUCCAAGUCGCUCCUAUUCCCUCCACAGCAAGAUGAAACGGCGCUCACGUGAUCUGGCAGAGGUUAGGGUCAUUUCAGGAGAACCUUCUCCCCAUCGUAUCCCAGCCCCAGAUGAAGAAAAGGAAUCUCCCUCCAUGCCUAUGGACAGCCCUGGUUACAAUGCUGACACCAGUUCUCUGGAUGAGUCCACAAGGUCAUUCAGUCCCUUCAAAUCCCAGCUGCAGGUACCAAAGACAGAGGAUGCUAAGAAAGAUAGAACGGAACCUCUCAAGGAAAAUAAGUUAAACAAAAUCUCCCCAUCCAGUGGCUACUCCAGCCACGAUGGCACAUCCCCACAGCAUUCUGCACAGCCUCCCAACUCAUCGCCAAGGCACAAGAAAGGCAUCUUAGCAAAACUUCAGAGGUUAUUUCCUGGGUCCGCUUCUUCUGCUUCAGCUGCAUCCCUUCCAGCUCAGCUAGAGGUUCCUGAAAAAACUAAACUCCCUGGUAAACAUGAGUCUAACUCACUUAACACAGUCAGUGUCAACCCCUCUGUACACACCUUAAGAGACCUUUUCAACAUCCCUCCACCACCUAAAGUUCAUGCACCUCCAGCUCCUCCUCCCGAGGUAUGGGCUCACAGCAAGCGGUCAUUUGAGUUGCUUUUAGGGCCCCCGGCCCCUGAUAACCUUUACGACAUUAUAAAGAGGAAUCCAAAGGACAGGAGACAACAGAGGCAAUCUCCCUCUGUAUCUACAGAGGGCUCUCUCUUGGUGGUAGAAAGAAAACCAGCUGUGACAGUGGAGACAGCCAAUGGAUCCAUAGAUAUGCUGAAUGCAAAGAAAGUUCAAGAAAGUCAGAUAGUGAAUGCGGAGGUUCAGAUAGAGAGCAAUGAUAGACAGGCUCAGAAUGUAGUUUUGGAAGGAAGUGGUAAAGAUGAGAAAGCGAGAGUAAGUGAUAUAUUAAAUGGAAUGUUAGUGAAGACUGUAGAGAAACGUGAAGAAAGGUUGACAGCCAGGAAAGAAGAGGAAGCUAAGAACACACCCACCCAAGGUACAGAUCUAAAGACAAAAAUGGAUACAUUACCUGCCAUUGCGUUAGCGCGCAUUUCUCCGUCACCGUCUCCUCCUAUAGCACACCGAUCUGUCCAGUCUGUUACCAGACAAACCAUCGAAGGUUCUUCCGGUACAACAGUGAAAGUCGUAUCCCCUGAGUCAUCCUGGCCCCCACCUCCUCCUCCGAUGGCACAGGCAGGCCUAGGUGGGUCUGAUGAGAUAGAUUUCCCUCUUCCACCUCCCCCAUCCUUUCGUGAGGAAGACCUAGAUGAUCAGGUGCCACAAAUGUCAUCCAUUCAUCCAUCAGAUGUGAAAACACAAAGUAUUAAGGUGAUCCCAGAAACAGAAUCACAGAAACCCAGUAAGUCUCAGGAGAUCACACCUUCGCCCCCUAAUAUCCCUCCUCCCCCUUCAUAUACAGCUCCACCUCCACCUACUACAGCAGUCUCGCCACCCACCACAAAUAAGAUCUCUCCACCUCCACCUGUAGAGGUUUCUCCUGUAAGGCCCAAAGAAUCCUCUGCUGUAGUGGUUCAAGAUGUGGCCCCACUUGUUAAAGAUACCACCCACCCACGUAUUAAAGUGGCAUCUCCUUCACCAGUCAAAGAGGUCCCUCCACCACUGGUUACAGUAGUAGCUCAUUCACCAGUCAAAGAAGUCUUACCCCCACCGGUCUUCCGUGACUCCCCUCUGCCUCACAAAGAGGCCUCUGCAGAGGUUCCUCCUCCAUCUCCUCCUAAAGAUGCCUCUCAGUCCUCUGAGGAGGCUUUACCUGUCAGCAAGCUUAUUCCACCACAAAGUAUUCCCCCUCCUCCACCGCUGCCGUCACAGCCCCAGUCAUCAGAGCAGGAAACUAACCCAGUUUCACCUAACAGUAUUCUCACACCCCCUCAGAGUAUUCCACCUCCGCCUCAGGAUCAACCUGAGGUUGUACCCCCGAACAUUGAUGAUCCACCAACCCAGGAAACUUCCCCUUCACCUCCGUCUAAAGACCCAAUGCCACCAGCUCCUGAAACCACUCCUUCACCCGUAAAGGCUCAAGAACCUGCUCCUUCUCCACCCAUAAACAUUCCUAUACCCCCACCUUUACCACUGCAGGGUCUUGCCAGCGAUAAGCCUCAGCCUAGUCCUUCAAGCACAGAAAAUGAAAGUCUAGAGCAGAAAUCUGCCCCCGUGGUACAAGAGGAACCCUCUCCCAUUAUCACCCCCUCCCUUCUGCAGACGGUCAAGCUGCGGUCCAUCAACAACAGCCCUGAGCCCCCCACAGCUGAAGAGCAACCACAGGCAGAGGCUUCAAUGAGGAAACAGCAGCCAAGCAAUCAGGUCCCAACCUCAUCUGCCAGUAAUGAGGCUCCUCAAAAGCCCAUCAGGAAGUCUCUGAUUGUGACCUCUCCUACAUCUGCUACCCCACCUGUCAUUAUCAAUUCACAACCAACUCUGCCCAGUGACAUUGUGAUUCCACCUACAUCCACAGCCACCUCUCCUGUGAGAAAGUCCCCUCCUGCUAUGGCCACCUCUCCUUCCAUGAACUUACAGGAGGCCAUUCGCCUGAGGACAGCUGCCAGAUCAAAAGAGAGCCCUUCAUCUCGCCUCAGCGUGCACUCUGCAACAUCACCCUUGGAUCUCCAAAGGUCCCCUACCAAUACUGCAAGCUUUAUCUUCUCCAAGAGUAACAAGAAAGUGGUGAUUGACACUAAGCCGGAGGCCAAGGAAGACCUUCAGAAGAACUUGGAGGCUUCCUCUGUCACAAAAGAGGAAGUGGAGAAGAAGGAAGUCAAGGUGCCCCCACCUGUUGCAAAGAAACCUAAACCUAGAGGCAAGGAGGUUGAGGCCAAUGAAGACACAGAGCGAACUGCAGGACAGGAAGCGCAAAAAGAGAGUACCAAAGAUGCAACACAGAAAACCAAUGGGACAGAUGGUACUGUUGAAGGAGGAGAAACAUCAUCAUCGUGAUUGCAAAGACUAAAGGGACCUGGGAAGGACUUUUGGGGAAAAACACUGAAUUUAAGGAUAAACUGCGUGUGGGAGGGAUGUGGACAGACAAGAUGCUUAUUUCAGGAACUUGAUUUUUGAAAAGUCAUUUGAAUUUGAUGUCAGUGGUGUGGGACUUGAUUUUCUGAAGUACGAAUUUUGCAUUUUAAAAAGAGCAAAUGCUAUAUAUAUAUUUUCUUUGCCACAUCGUCUUCUGAGCUUUACUGUUGCAAGAGAUGGGAGUAUACCGCCCUCUACUGUCAAACAGUGAUUGUACCACUGGUGUCCUGCUGAGUCAGCUUUCUGUCCGUUCACAUAACAAUGGGACUUUUGGGCGCUCAUGUGUAAAUAUGGCAACAUGAUGUAUAUUUAACAUAUCCAUUAAUGGUGGAUCUGUUCUACAGAGUCCUGUUCUGUACAUUUUCCCAAAAGAGUUUCCACACCAGUUAUAUAUGUUAAAAGAAAUAUUAAUUAUCUUAAGUUAUUUUUCUGUCACGUUCAGAAGAGGGUCUCUACAAAGAAAGUCUCUCCUAUCGUCAUCAUUAUCUAUCAAGUUUGUUUGUAUAGCUCCACAAUCAUCAGAUUUAUUUUUCUCGAAAUCCCACAUCACUUUUAUUGUUUCUACGCUAUAUAUGCACAUGACACCAUCACAGAAAAUAAAUGUUUGAAUCAUUAUUGCAGAUUUUCUGCUGUUUUUAGUUACUGAUAAAGGAGGCAAUGCCUUUCCUCGCAGUUAUGACUCAAACUGUGGGAUAUUUUUGUGUUCAACUAUAUUUCAAACUGGUUUUAGACAUGUAAGAAAAUCACCUAUAAAGAAAAAAAUAAAGAUUUAUGGAUGCAUCAAAUGGUCA